AUGAUUUCUCUAUGGUCUGCCGUGAGCGGUGGAAACGACUGGAUGAACUACGGCGAGCUCUUGAGGAAAGUGCCAACGGGUGACCUUUAUUUCGCGAUCUUUAACUUCUAUGUCGCGUUCUGCGUCGUUGGCAUGUUCAAUGUGGUCACUGGUGUCUUCGUUGAUUCCGCCGUUUGUGUCCGAACUGGCGACGAAGUGGUGCAAGGUUAUUUGGAUGAUCUUCGUCAAACCACUGAAGAAAUCAAAGGAUUUUUCAAGGAGGCUGAUAUGGACGGCUCAGGAACAUUGAAUUGGGAUGAAUUUCAACACCACAUGCAAAACCCAGCCGUGAAGGCAUAUUUCUCUGGCCUCGACAUUGAUCCAGAAGAGGCGGAAAUCAUCUUCACCAUUUUAGAUGGAAACAAGAGCCAGGAGAAAUCGCUUCACCGGGAUCCCGAGAAAUGCCAGGAGAUCAAGAUUGAUGACUUCGUCAACGGAACGAUGAAGUUGAAGGGCUCAGCUUCCAAGCUGGACUUGAUGGCGUUGAUGUACGACCAAACAAGGCAGAGCAUGAAGUUCGAUGCGCUUUGUGAGUUCGUGGAGGAGGAGUUGUCAGAGAUUAAGAAACGUGUGAUGCAGGCGCCCAAGCAGGUCACCCCCGAGCGGCACGAUGAGCGCAGCCGCAGCGACCCCACGGGAAGUAGCUCCAUUUGCAUCUCUCCGAGCACGUCGCUGUCGCCCUCCGUGCGCAGUGGACGGAUGGCGCGCCUGGCGCAGGGAGUUUUUUGGGUGAAAAGUUGGGGAAAACGAUGGGAAACCCAGAAAGGACUAACAGCUAAUAUCAAUCAAUGGACAUAG